GUGGAUUUAAGAGUCCAGAGAGGAGUAUAUGAGGCUAGGCUCGUAGUGGGCAGCUUCCUCCUCGUUCACUUGUAAACAUGUCGGCGGCGCGAGGCAAGAGGGAGGCCGAGACGGGCCGCUGUGUCAUCAAUGUGGUGCAGCUCGAAGGCUUGGCUUUGAUGAAAAUCAUCAAACACUGCCACGAGGAAGGUGCAGGCAACACUGAUGUUGCACAAGGUGUAUUGCUAGGCCUAGUGGUUGAUGAAAGGUUGGAGAUCACCAACUGCUUCCCUUUCCCACGGCAUGCUGAUGAUGUCGAUGAAGAGGAUUAUCAGCUUGAAAUGAUGCGUCACCUGAGGAAGGUUAAUGUGGAUCACCUGAGUGUAGGCUGGUACCAGAGUACACAGCUGGGUAACUUCAUCACAACACAACUUCUAGAGUCACAGUUCUCAUAUCAAACCAGCAUUGAGGAGUCUGUUGUCUUAAUAUAUGAUCCUAUCAAAACGGCAAGAGGAUUUUUGUCCAUCAAAGCUUACCGCCUCACCCCAGAAGCCAUUAAUACAGUUCAGGAGCGUGACUAUACCCCUGAGGCUCUCAAAAAGAUGCGUCUUGGCUAUGAGUCUCUGUUUCAAGAAAUUCGUUUAGUAAUCAAGAACUCGCAUUUGGUCAAUACACUUCUGUGUGAACUUUAUGAGCUUAUGCCCAGCAGUGAAGGAAAGCAGUUCUUGGAUCUUGGUACUAUGUCAACCUUAGACCGUCAGUUGAGAUGUCUUAUGGAGUAUGUAGAUGAUCUCAGUCAAGAAGCCAACAAGUUUAACAAUUAUCAGCGCCAAAAUGCCAAACAAUUACAAGAUAAACACAAGUUCAUGCAGAAAAGGGCUGCUGAGAAUGCUCAACGACAAACUCGUGGUGAGCCAGCUUUGCCUGAUGAAGAUAUUAGCAAACAGUUCAAGCCCAUUGCUCCCUUGCCACGUCUAGAUGCAAUGAUCACCUCGGGCCAGAUAUCAAAUUACUGUAAGCAGAUAUCUCAAUUCUGCAGUCAGUCUCUGGGCAAGCUCUAUGUUGCAAAGGCUCUUCAGCAAGAAAAGAAAUAGACUAUAUAAUAAAGGGCAUAGUUAAGAAAAUUUUGAGAGUACAGUACUAUCAAUCCAACUUGAUAAUAUCAUGAUUUAUAAAUUGUCAUGUUCAUUUCUAACCUAUGUGGAACUGUGAUUUGGAAUAUUAAAUUUUAUCUAAAUGUAUCUACAUUAAAAUUUUUGCUAAUACAGUACAUUCAAUUUAAAGAUUUAAA